UCACACUUGAUUAUUGAUCUGUCGUUCUCUCUCGUCCCCAGUGUCCCUUACUCAAAACUUUUCUCAAACUGAAUUCUCCAUCGUCGGCUUCACUCCACAUACGCGAGAAGCCGCCGAAAUGCUCGGUUUCCUACACCGCACGUACCAGAUCUUCGGUGGGUUCAGCGUCCCGGCGAAGGUCUCCAACCCCAUCCGGGUUGGCAUCUUGGGUGCGGCAAAUGUUGCCCCCCAGUCCCUCAUCACUCCUGCGAAACAGCAUCCCGAGGUGGUCGUGCAGGGAGUGGCGGCCCGGGAUCGCAAGAAGGCCGAGGCUUUCGCGAAUAAGCACUGCAUCCCUCAAGUCUUUGAUAGUUACCAAGCCCUGCUCGAUGACCCCAACAUCGACGCCUGGGCCCUCAAAGCCCUCAGCAAGCGGAAACACGUCCUCCUCGAGAAGCCCGCCAAGUCCAACGCCAUCGAGGCCGAGCGGCUGUUCCACUCCCCGCUCCUUUGGGGCCCCGAGGUGCCAUCGGUCGUCGACCGGCCCAAUAUCGCGCAUGUGGACGCCAAGAUAAUCAUCCCGCGCGGCGUCAUCGCUCGCGACGACAUCCGCUGGGAGUACGGCGUUGCGGGCGGCGCCAUGAUGGACGUCAUGUACCCGCUGGCGUGGGUGCGCGGGACCGUCGGCGCCGAGCCGCUCGAGUGCAUGUCGUGCGAGACCGAGGCCUUUGGGAAGUGCGACUGGAAGUUCGACGCGCGCUGGAUGUUUCCCAACGGCGUCACCGCCGAGACGCACGGGAAUCUGCGGGCUGGCAACACCAAGGCUGGGUUCCCGCGCAUCGAGGUUACCCACAAGCCCGUGCUCUUGCGCGACGCAAAUUCCUCCGAGGGGCAGGAUGAGUUCGUCAUCUGCACGAAGGCGCCCGGCGGCGGCGGUGACGGGCCCGUCGCGAAUACGUGGAAGGUCAAGGAGACCAAAAAGGCGUACACGUGGCAGGAGGCCGGUCUCGACCUUCCCGGCGAGGCCUACUGGAAGCCGUACCGGUGGCAGCUGGGCGCCUUCGUGGACCGCAUCCGGGGACGGCCUGACACGGGAAAGUGGAGCACGGGGGAGGACAGUAUCGCGCAGAUGCGCGCGACAGACAUGGCGUACGAGAAGUCUGGGCUGGGGCUGCGGCCGACAAGCACGUAUCAGCCGUAG